CGAUACUCGCUUUAUUGGCCAAAAAAAGUAUCCUUCAUCGUCACUGCCUCAGUCUUUCACCUGCCACUGCUGGAGUCACAGCCUUUCUUCUUGUUGCCUCUUCCGACCACAGCAGCAGCCCCAGGCGAUCUUGUUCGCCAUUGUUCUUUUUCACGGAUUCUUCCUUCAUUUGAGCAGUUCCAGAUCUCAGAAAAAUGCCUCCCGCGGCUCCUCGAUCCGGUGACGCCAUCUUCGCCAGCGUCGAACGCGUGAAUGCAGAACUAUUCACUUUGACUUAUGGAGCAAUCGUGCGUCAAUUGCUUACUGACUUGGAGGAGGUUGAGGAGGUCAACAAACAGCUUGAUCAAAUGGGCUAUAAUAUAGGAAUUAGACUAAUUGACGAGUUUCUGGCAAAAUCUAAUGUGUCCAGAUGUGUUGACUUUAAGGAGACAGCAGAAGUGAUUGCAAAGGUGGGUUUCAAAAUGUUCCUUGGCGUCACUGCAUCUGUUACAAACUGGGAUGCUGAUGGGACCUGUUGCAGCAUUGUUUUGGAUGAUAAUCCCCUUGUAGACUUUGUAGAGCUUCCUGAUACGUGUCAAGGUCUCUACUAUUGCAACAUCUUAAGUGGAGUCAUAAGAGGAGCCCUAGAGAUGGUGUCAAUGAAGACUGAAGUCACCUGGAUCCGCGAUAUGCUCAGGGGAGAUGAUGCCUAUGAGUUGCAGGUGAAACUUUUGAAUCAAGUCCCAGAAGAGUACCCUUACAAGGAUGAUGAGUAAUAUGCAAACAUAGACCUUGACAUGACAAUGCACGCUUACGAUAUUUUAUUUUUCGUAUUUACCUCAAAUGUCUUCACGAAGAAUAGGUGCUCAACAACAUUUCCCCUGAUAUACGUUUUGCAUGCCAUCUUGUAUCCGAAUGGAUCUUCCAUUUAGGGUUUAUAUUAUCUAUAUUCUGAAUUUAUAAAUGUUAUAACGCCUGGGCUGCAUUCUUAAAUUUCAUUUCUCCGUUUAUGAUCUUUUUGGAUUUCGAUUUGCUUUGUCAUCUUGUUUGCCAUCUGGUAUCUUUAAUUUACGGAGGUAACUCCUUCCCUUUUUAAUGCUGUUGCAGCAGCAGCGGCUAUGGAACUGUUGUAGCCUGUUUCUAACCCUUUCUAACAGUGAGCUUCAUGCCAACUCUUAUGUCAUGAAAAUGGUACCUAGGGAUGCGCUGCAUAUGAAACGGGUUGAUCUACCUGGUUUUACUUUGAACAACUUUCGGAACCGAUUUUCUCUUCGGGCAAUCAACUCGAUGCUGUUCGGUAAAAUAAGGCAGUGCAGUCUACCAUUUCAUCGAAUUGAAGUUCUAGUUGAGAGUUGAAUCUAUUUUUGGAUAAAUUUUGGGAGCCAAUUCUCAGUUGGUCUUUUGAGUUUAGGUUAACGUCUAG